UCCAUUUCCCAAAGAGUGUGGGAGGGAGACAGACAGAAGUGGAUGGCUCAGGACCUGGAUUCACAGCUUCAAACGUAGGAGCGGGAUUUUGAGUUUGGGACAAUUCUUCCCCAGGCCUGGAGAGAGUGAGGUGGAAUAUAGCAGACUUUCUGUGGAAGUUUUUACUCAGUGGGGAGAAAGAAAAAGGAGCAUUAAAGGGUGAGCUGUAGUUCACGGGGUCCAGAUGGCAGGCAUGAGGGGCCCGGCCUGCAUUGGAGUCUGGCUCUAGAGUCCACAGGGGCUCACACUUCAACUGGACACAUUCCACAGGACGUGUGCCCAUGAGGUCGUCAUCACUGGUCCUGCUCCUCCUGAUCGGCGUCCAGGCUGUACUGAACAUGGGAGGUGGAUUGGCCCGGAGUGCCGGGGCACCCAACCACAAAGUAGGACAGCAGACGGCAGCCAAUCACAGAGCAAGACAACAGCAGACAGUAGCCAGGGACCAUCUUACUGAAGAACACACUUCAAAGCAGCAUCAUAGGACCAGCCACCACAGGACCAAGAGGCCUCAUCGGGCAGCUUUAAACGCAAAGGAUAGGAGCCCUCUUGUUGGGCACACUACGUUGGAUUCCCUCCCUGACCCCUCCAUCCCAGUGGUGGAUCCAAAGCUCUUCUCCAAGAGACGUUACCGUUUCUCACCUCGUGUCGUCUUCAGUGAGGUUCCACCAUCACAUGAUGCCCUAGAAGGUGAGGGCUAUGACAUUGAUGGAGUUAGAGGGGUGAGGGUAAGGCGCCGAGCAGGAUCACGCACCAUGCACCGAGGAGAGUACUCGGUAUGUGACAGCAUGAAUACCUGGGUGAGCAACCUGACAAAAGCCACAGACAUGCACGGAAACGAAGUGGAAGUGCUGCCCAAUGUUACAAUCAACAACGUGGUGAAGAAACAGUACUUCUAUGAGACCACCUGUCGAUCCCCUACUCAAAGGGGUUUUGGAAGCGCAAAUGGAGGAAAACCCGGGGGUUGGGGUGGAAAACAAGGUUCCAAAUCAGGCAACUCGGGCUGUCUUGGCAUCGACAGUCGCCACUGGAACUCCUACUGCACCAACUCACAUAUUUUUGUAAGUGCCCUCACCAUCUUCGAGGAACAGACAGCCUGGCGUUACAUCCGCAUCAACGCCGCCUGUGUGUGCGUCCUCAGCCGGAAGUCUUGGGGAGGAAGACGGGGGCGCUGACUGAGGUGGUUGACUCCCGACCACCAGACUAUGAACCGAGCACACACAUUUCUCAUUAACAGCCACUGCAGCUUUAUUGCCAAUACUGUAAUCCUUUCCCCCACAUCCAGACAAACACCCCCACUGACCAAAGCAUCCAAACAACACACAUACUUAAAAAUGCAAACACACACAUCCACACACUCGAACAUCUGUCCAGCCCCUCGGCCCCCCGACCCUACCUCAGUCAAAGAAGUCCUGGUUGUUUUAACUUAUGAGGACUGCAUGUCAUAUUUAUGGUUUAUACAGUCAAAUAUAAAAUUAUAUACAGUAUGUGUAUAUAUACAAAAUGAAUUCAAGCUUUUAAUGUUGAUGUUAUUGUUGUUUUUGUGUUGUUCAUGCUGUUAUUUAUUAAACACCUCAGUACUUGC